GCCGCCCGCCCGGCCGCCGGCGGGCUCCAGGCCGCCCCGAUGCCCGAGCCAGGCCCCAGGAUGAACGGCUUCUCGCUGGGCGAGCUGUGCUGGCUCUUCUGCUGCCCGCCCUGCCCGAGCCGCAUCGCCGCCAAGCUGGCCUUCCUGCCGCCCGAGCCCACCUACACGGUGCUGGCGCCCGAGCAGCGCGGCCCCGCGCCCGCCCCGGCCCCCGCCGCCGCCGCCGCCGCCGCCGCCGCCGCCGCCCCCGCCCCCGCCGCGGCCCAGCCGGCGCCGCAGCAGCCCGAGGAGGGCGCGGGCCCCGGCGCGUGCAGCCUGCACCUGAGCGAGCGCGCCGACUGGCAGUACUCGCAGCGCGAGCUGGACGCCGUCGAGGUCUUCUUCUCGCGCACGGCCCGGGACAACCGGCUCGGCUGCAUGUUCGUGCGCUGCGCGCCCUCCAGCCGCUACACGCUGCUCUUCUCGCACGGCAACGCGGUCGACCUGGGCCAGAUGUGCAGCUUCUACAUCGGCCUGGGCUCGCGCAUCAACUGCAACAUCUUCUCCUACGACUACUCGGGCUACGGCGUCAGCUCGGGCAAGCCCUCCGAGAAGAACCUGUACGCCGACAUCGACGCCGCGUGGCAGGCGCUGCGCACCCGGUAUGGCGUAAGUCCUGAGAACAUCAUCCUGUAUGGCCAGAGCAUCGGGACCGUCCCCACAGUAGACCUGGCCUCCAGGUACGAGUGUGCUGCGGUCAUCCUCCACUCGCCUCUGAUGUCAGGCUUGCGCGUGGCGUUCCCAGAUACCAGGAAAACAUACUGCUUUGAUGCUUUCCCCAGCAUUGACAAGAUCUCGAAGGUCACCUCACCCGUGCUGGUCAUUCACGGUACCGAGGACGAGGUUAUCGAUUUCUCCCACGGCCUGGCCAUGUACGAGCGCUGUCCCCGGGCCGUGGAACCCCUCUGGGUUGAAGGGGCCGGGCACAACGACAUAGAGCUUUACGCACAAUACCUAGAAAGAUUAAAACAGUUCAUAUCGCACGAACUGCCCAACUCCUGAAGACACCUUGAUUUUACCUCAUUGACUGUGAAUACACGAGUCGUCCGUUUUGCACAGGCUCGAACUGGAAAGCUGUCACGGCACGACCACCAGGAGGAAGCGCCCACCUCUUAGUGUCCUGAUCAGAGAGCUGAGGACGUCCCAGGCUUCCGUACCUCGAGGUUGUUCCAAUUCUCACAGCACGUGAAACCAAACAGCAGUGAUACCCAGCAUCCUUGCCUGAGAGCUGGAUGCGGGGAGCAGUCGGUUGUCCCGUGCUGUGUAGAUGAUGCUCCCACCUGUUGCCCUGCUGUACCCAUCGGUGAUGACCCACUCACACAGGACUCAGCCCUGUCUCCAUCGUCCGUGACAUGCAGCUCCUUUUCAGCCACUGGAUUCAUGGAUUCAAUCCAUUUGUGAAGCCGUGAUCAUGUAACUGGAAAACUAGGCUGGUGAUAAUUCCUUUGUUAAGUUUUCUUCCCAUUCUGAUCUUUUCCCCCACACAAAUCAACGAAGGGUAACUUGCUGGAACUAUCGUGAACAGCUUCAUCAACUGGAAGCAUAUAAAUAUAACUGGAAUAUUCUUAAACAAGAGGAAACUGGGGUUUUUUUAAGUGUAAAUUUAUUACUAGUCCACAGAGUUUUAAUAUUUUGAUUGUCUGGUUGGUCUAACAAAGAGCCUAGCCGACUUUCUUUCUGCAAAGUCCUCCCUGUAGGCUUUUUUUAAAGUACUGUACAUAUUUGCAAUCACAUUGUGCAUAGAUUCUUAAUGGGUACUUUUUUUUUUGUCAGGCUACAACAAUGAACUGCAGAUCCCUCGUUUGUAAUGUAAAUGAUUGGAUACAUUUUGUUAAUAUGUUUUUACUCCUAUGUUUUGCUAUUACAAAAAUUUUAUAACAUUUCCAAGACAAAAAAAAUUACAAGUUUAUGCUUUGAAGAAUUUAUGUAAUUAAAACUUCACUAAACUAAUCUUUUUAGUUUAGGAGUUAUUUGGGUUUUGACACUGGACUUGCACCGAGUAAGCAUCCGAAUUGUGAGAUGCCUAACCAUUGCUACACUGCUCGUCUUGGUUGGGGGUUUGGGUUUGGGGGUUCUCUGGUUUGAUUUUAAUUUUUCUUUUCAGAUUUAAAAGCCUUAAAUGUACUGUAAGCCUCAGAUUGUUGUACAGCUGGAUUGUGGUUGAUUGCCAGUUUGUGUACUGUGGCUUGGAUGCAGCACAGCGGUUGGUCAUGGAAUAAAGGAUGCAUGGAUCAGAA